AUGGCGGAUUCCUUGGAGAAGGACAAAUCUGAGGGAAAAAACGACAAGGGAUUCUUGGAGCAGCUAGCUUUGAGCUACAAGUAUUGUGUGCUGAAACACCCAAUAUUAACCAAGAGUGUUACAAGGUAAGAGAAAGUACAAAAAAUUUGAACACAUAAAAAAUCAAAUGGCGAAAUGCUGCAUUGCAGACGUGAAUCAUCUGCGAGUCACGCAGGCUUCCUACGCCGCGGAGAGAGAUCAUUACAGCAAUUAAGUUCUAAAAGUUUUCCAACUGAUUGUCUUCUUGCCCUUUCUUUAGUGUGUGUUCUAAAAAGCUUCCGCUUAUGUGUAGUCAGCUCAGUUAUUUGCAUAUCUACAUAAGAGAGGGCAGGCAGGGUAGCCAUGGUAUAUCCUUGCCCAUUAGAUACUGCAAGCAGAACGUUGCACAGCAACCUUGCAAGGAGUGAGUUUGAAGUUUCAAACUGAUGAGUGACUUCAGUGCAUGCGUAAGAGACACUCAUUGCAAAAUAUUCUUAUAUUAUAUUGUACUAAAUUUGGAUUUAUUAACUUUAGUUAGUGGAUUCACGCUAAGGGUAGACCAUUUCCAGAACUCUUUUGCAGGGGGAGUGGAGCCUCCACUUCUUCUGAAAAAUUCAAAACCUCAUUAAUGAUUCAUAAAGAAAAAAACAAAAAAGAAUAAUGUUUAAUGAGUGUCUUAUAUCUGAUAAAGACACGGCAAAACUUUAUGUCUGACUUCAGCUUCCCCACAUCAAGUCAUUAGCUAGCAUCCCCCACCCCCCCAAAUUGUAUGUUCCACCAUCUCUCUGUGUAAAUGAGCCGUAAAUGUUUGACUACAACUUCUCGGUAUUUGGUGAGAUUGAAAAAUCUUUGAAUGGAUAAAGCUUUUAAGAAGACAUUUGUAUCAAAUUUAAGAAAAAUGAGUUGGCAGAAAACUACCCUGUGUGUGAAUUCAGUACUCAUUGUUCAUGUAGGAAUGAAGAAAUGAAGCUGAAAUCCACAAUGACCAACUGAUUCAUUUUCCAAACAAUCAUUUCAUUAAUAGAAUCUUGGGGAGUGAGCUUGACCUGGCUUGAUCGUAAGGAGUAGGUGGGGUGAGGAGGCGGGGGGGGGGGGGGGGGGGGUUUGCUGCUGUUUAUGACUCUGCAGGUUCCAAGUACAGUGCUGUGUCUUGGUUGCUAGGGAGAAAGUUGUUGCAUGCAGAGGUUUGGCUGUAUCAAUGGUGAUCAUUGCCUUUCAGAAAGUGGUUUCUGGUGGUAAAGAAACAAUGCCUGGAUGAUUUAUUUUGAGGCUGUAUACAUGUAGUUAAAACCCUGUUUGUUCUUUUAACAGUGCUGUUAUUGCUGGACUGGGUAACUAUGUAUCUCAAAGAAUUGAGAAACGUGGAAAAAAUGUACCCAUUGAGUAUAGACCAGUGUUAGCCUUUUCAGGAUAUGGGUGAGUAUACAUUCCUACAAAAAUGUUUGUAUUGAAUUACUGGUUUGUGCAAUAAAAAAUAUUAAUCACUGGAAUUGGCAGGUAAGCCAGUUUCCUGGGGGGAGUACUGCCAUAAAUGGGAUGUAAGUUACAGGUCAGUCGGGUUAAACUUUUUAACCUAAGUUGAUUCUUAAUUUUCUUUGUCUCCUAGCCCUAAUUUUGACCUGUAACACAAAUUAUAUAGGUAUGUGCCACUGUCAAGAGUAUGGUCUUCAAACAACUUAGUAAACAACUUAGUCCUGGGGUAGGGUAUAUCAGAGAGUUUGGAUUUAGAAUAGCAGAUUAUUUUCCAGCAAACUGAUCAGUUUGUUGAAGAUUUGAGUCUACACGAGGAAAACUGGGAAUUGAUGUUCCAAAAAAAAAAAAUCAAAUGGGCAAAUCUUACCCACGACUCAAGGUGUAUGGAAUGGUUCCUCGAAAAAUGUGGGUCUUGGAAAAUUUUGGCCCAAUCUUCAGAUCUUGGAAGUGUUUGUGAUGGGUUUUGAAGUCUUGUUUUCGGAUGAUUUUGUGUCUUGGAGUCUCAAUUUUUUUAAAAAACUUAGUCUUGAAUUUUGAAACUGGGGUCUUGCAGCCUCACAAAGUCUUGAAUUUACCAUUUCUAUACCCCUAACUCAGUUAAAUAGCAAAGAAAGCACAGACCUCCAUAAUUUUUGGAAAAUGGCUACUCUAGAAUAGGAAGAGAUUUUGCCAGUUUAGUAUAUUUUAGGGUAGAAAAAUUCAUCCGAACUAGCUCUGGUAUAGGCCUAGGGUUCCAGGGUCCAAGUGGCACAUCCAAGUACCUUCCCUAGGUGCCAAGUUUCCUCUAGCUCAUUUAUUCAAGUUUAAGAGUCAGGCACGGAUCUAGGAGAAAUACGUACCAAUUUCCUAAAUGAGCGCUGAAGGUGCAAGCUUCUAGCGGGGUCCGGGGGCGCGGGCUUCCCCAAGAAACUUUUUGGAUUUUUACUCGUUAAAGUCCUAUUUGCUGGGUUUCCGAGUCAUUCAGACAGGAUAUUGGUCAGAUUUCAACUGGGAAAGUGUUUAUAUUAUUAAAAAUAUGUUUAAUAUGAAAAAUGUGACCGAUUUCCAUAAAACGAUGGAAACUAAUGUAGAUCUGCACCUGCGAGUGUAGUUUGUAUUGUCAGUAGUAUAAUAUUAACUCUUUCUCUACAGAUUUUUUAUAAGUGGCCCGUUAAUCCAUUACUUCUAUGAGUACCUGGAAAAGUUUCUUCCUAAAUCGACCUCAUAUGGUAAAGCCAAGAGGCUGCUGGUGGACAGGGGUGUAAUGAGUCCAUUGCUUCUAUUCAUCUUUUUUUACGUAGUUGCAAUUAUGGAGGUGAGUGAAUUCAUGGAUCAGGUCUUACUUUAUUAUGCUACCAAAAUGUAGCAACUUGACUUUGGGUGUACCAAGUGCACUCUAGAAAUACUUGAGUAGCCUAUAAGCAAGCUCUCUGGGGGUAGGGGUGGCAGCAGUGGGACAGAGAAACUCCUGGAUCCCACCCUCCCAAGAGCGCGCUCAUGGGCUGGUACCUUAGGUCACCUUCACCUAUCCUCUUUGUGCACAUAAAAUCUUAGGUGCAUUUUGUCUCAUCAGGCCAGUUUAUCAUUGUUCAAGAGCGAGGCAAGGAGCUCUGAACCACUGAAAUCCUAAGUGCUAAGCAUUUUGGAUUUUUUCAAAUAUUUUAGUUUCUCUUUGCUGUCUGAGGGCUUUAAUCAAGUCGCCCAGGGCUAAAGCCCUGUGCAAAUGGACACAACAUUAUUGGCCAACAACUGCCAACAUUGUUGGAUGUUACAUGCUGCAUCCACCCUGUUGAAACUGGUCAAACUUUGAGCCAACAACUCCCAACAUUUCUUUUGUUCCAUGGUCGCCUAAGCGUGGCACAACAUUGUUGGGGCCACGCAGGCGCAUUACCCAUGGUCUCCUUGGAGAGAGCAAGUCUUAUGGGUUGUAUCCUUUCCACGAUGCAUUGCAACUCCCAACAUUGUUGAGAGUUGUUGCAUCUGUUUGCAUGUAACUUUAUUGCGUACUACUCCCCCCAGGGGUCUGCUGUGAUUGUAACCAGUGCAUGUUGGACCUGCACUGUGCAUUUUAGUCGUGCUUAUUAUUCUGUACUGUGCUGUCUUGCUCAUGCAGUAUAGUAUGAAUUAAUGCUACCAUAAUUCUUAUUUAUAUAUAAAUUUAUUUGCAGGGAAAAUCACACAAAGAGGCAAUGAUGAAAAUACGACAGCAUUACUGGACUGCUCUAAAGAUGAGUUGGCGAGUGUGGAUUCUAUUUCAGUACUUCAACCUCAAUUAUGUUCCCUUGCAGGCAAGUUUACCUAGUGUUACUAAUUAGACGUAAAGUUUUAAUAAGUUCUGCGCACUGUUUUAAUUUGAAGAUAAUGACCUAAUACCACUAUCUGCUAUUAGUAUAGUAGACAACUGGAAAUUAAAAGUAAAAAUCCAACCAAUGUCUGAAAUUCGUUUUGAAAAACUUUUAUUCAUAAUAUUGAUUAAGUUUCAAUUCAAGAAUCUUGAUUUAAAUUUUCUCAAAUGAAUCUGUUUUUUUUUUAAUUAUACCUGUUUUUCAUCUGUUUUCAGUACCGUGUACUUACUGGUAAUGUUAUGUCAUUUCUCUGGAGCAUCUACUUGGCAAGCAAGCGAUCAUGAAGACUUGGUUUACUCCCACUUGAUACACAUUUUAAGAAUCAAGGAAAAGUUUUGAACAAAGAAAAUUGGUUGUUAUUGAAAGAGUUUUAUGACAAUCAUCGAAAUCAUCCUGUUCAUGGAAUUAACAUUAAGAAUUUAGAUUGCUGGAGUUCUUUACACAAUGAUGAGAUAAACUAUUCUGUAAUAAGAACAAAAAUUGAGGAAAUUUUGUGACUCAAUUUUUCUUGCUGUAUUUUGUCAUGUUCCUACAGGCUGUCAAUACAUCUGUAACAAAAAAGUGCAGCAAAAUGCAAUCUAUUUUUUUUAUGCAAACAAAACUAGCCACACUAGCCAUAAUGAACUCAACAACGAAUUGGCUGGAAUUUUUUUUUAGUUGUUGAUCAUGAUACCUUUCAUAAGUUCUAACAGAUUGCAGAGGAUAACUAUAAUGGCCCCAUGCGUGGGACAAAAUUAAUUAUUCUUUCUUCAGAUCAAGAAAUUUUCAUCUUUAUUGGCUAUAUUUACAUUUUAUAGAUAUUAAUUUUAAUUUUUAUUACAGAACUAUGUUCAGAAAGCAGGGCAAAAAACUUUCACCUUUCCAUUCAUCUCAGAGAUAAGCCGUUUUUGACUCAGACAACUAAAACUCUUGAAGCACCCAUUUUACUGUAUUAGUCAGAGUGAUGGUGUAUUUUCCUCCACAUUUGAAAGAAGUUUAUAAGCCGUAUAAAAAAUUAUUUUCCAAAUAUACUCUUAAACUGUGAAAUAAGAAUAGUUAUCAAUCAAAUUAUUUUUGUCUUUUACAGAAAAGAGUGUUUCUUAGGUAUUACAAAGCAGUGGUGUUUGUCUGGGUAGUAGUAAUAAUAGAGACCUUAAGAUUCAAAGAGGAGAAUGACUACGAACAAAGUUUUUUUUUUCACGUAUUCUCAAAAAAUUGACAACCUGGAAAGUUUCAUUGUGCCUUUGAUUCACAAGAAAAGCGAGCACUGUUAUCUUUAUUAAAGGAGGUUAAGCCCUCUGCCAAUUGUAAAAUGAGAAAACUUCUAACAUUUGAUAAUUUGUUUUCACCACUAUGAUAUUCUCGCUAAAACUCAUAGUAAAAUGACUACAGCUGUUGUGUUUUCCUGCCAAAGUGAUGUUGGUUCACGUGAAAGCACUUCUUACAUGUAGUGUUGAGAAAACUUUGUAUGUAUUCAAUUCAUUAGGUCUCUAAUGAAAGAGAAUUUUUUCUUUUUUCAUGUAAAUACAUAUACGUGUGUUGUUUCCAAUUGAAAUUACAUUCCCUGGAGUCUCUAUUUCAUUUUUAACUACCUG